GUCGACAAUUUUGCGAUCGUACUCUACGAGUGCCAUAAAUGUUAAUUUUUUUGCUGACGUCAAACUUUUUUACGCGUGUAUAUAUAUGAAGCACCUCAGGUUUUACUGCACCCUCGCAGUUUUUAACCGCCAUUCAUUAUGCCGUCGUUACCGGCGCCCACCCGCAAAGGUCGCAAUGACAGCCUGGAGCGGCUCAUCGCCGAGGACUCGCAGGAAGAUUUGCAGAUCCUGCAGACGAAAAGCAGCCACAAAAAGAAACAGGGGGCACCGCGUGUCUCCAUCAAUCACCGCGGCAGCAGUAUCACCCUCCCCACGGGCGGUCCCACCCCGGCCGACCGUCUCCUGGGUGACCCCCGCAGAAAACGCUACCGUGAUGAGAGCGCCCAGACCGGCCCCAAUGAGCAGGAGAAGAAACUCCGUCAGCAGCAGCUGAAGCUCAAGAAACUAACCCAGGACAAUCUCCGCCUGGAGACUCAAGUGCGCGGCUACGAGCAGCGCUUCCGCGAUAUGCGCCACGACGCCGCCUACCAUGACCUUACGGGCGGGGAGCAUCCCGAUGGCGGAGUGUGCGCGCCGGUGAAGGAUGCUUGGCGAUCGUUUAAGAAUCUCUUCUAUACCGCAUGGUUUCAGUGUUGGUUUAAGAUUCAGGUGAAGCUGGAGGAGAAACACCGGCAGUUGUCCAAGGAGGAAAAUGAUGCCGGGAAGAUGCAGCAGGAACGCGAGAGUAUGACGGAUCGGUGAUCAUAGUGGUGCGGCUAAUUGCUGAAGUUGGGUAAAGGCCAGAGAAAUUGUUUUUUUGCUCAUUACUUCGUAUUUCGUUAAGGCGAAAAUGUUGUCUUUUUGUGAACGACUGUGAUAGAUUGCUGGAAUGUUGUGGUUUUGAUGGGGUUAUGUUUUUGUUUUUAUUA